AUGUCGACAGUUACGAAAUGCGCAAUAGACACGCUGAGCGACUUCGGUCCGGCGACAACGUGCGCUGCCGUCAACGACUUCACACUUCUCUUCGAGGAAUUGGUCCUCACCAUAGUCCCAGCUGCUGUCGCCGGGGCCGUAAUACCGUCUUAUCUGCGACCACUACUGGGCAGCGAUCGGAAAGUCGUGUGGUCGUGGCAUCCCAUCGCCAAAUUGGCAUUAUGGGCUUCGAUAUGCCUGGUCAACGCAGUCCAGUUUGGUGUCACAAGCAGGCCCUCAUCGCCACAAACCGUGGCUACAAUAGCCACCUGCGUGGCCGUCUUUGCGAUUGAUAUCGGUCUGGGUAUAUUAUCGCACCUUACGCAUAUGCGCAGCCUCAAGCCCUCGUCUCCGAUUCUUGUGUUCCUGUUCUUGACACUAGUGUUUGAUGUGGCGCGAUGUCGAACACUGUGGUUCCUGGAAUCGGGCGAGGACAUGGCCAAGGCGAUGACUGCGUCUGUCGCUCUCAAAGCGGUUCUCCUGGUGCUUGAGUCAAUGGAGAAGAGAGGAAUUCUACUGGAUCAAUAUCGAGACUCGCCGCCCCAAUGCACGGUCGGAGUGCUCAAUCAGUGGCUCUGUUGGUGGAUGAACCCGCUUCUUAUUUAUGGUUACCGGCAGACGCACUCGCUAGAGACCCUCUUCGAGGUUGAUCCAGAUCUUUACAUCCAGGAUCACGAUGGAACGCGACUAUCGGAUUUGUGGAACUCAAGGAAGUCGAAAGAAAGCCCCAAUGCCCUUCUGUUGGUUAGCCUGAAGCAUAAUCUGAGAGCAAUCGGGAAGGCCGUGCUCCCGAGGCUUCUCCAGACCGGUUUUAGUUUCGCUCAACCUUUCUUGCUAAAAAGGGUCAUCGAAUACAUCGAGCUACCCGAGACAGCCGACAGCGAGUUCGACGGGACCGGGUUGAUUGUAUCGUACAUGAUCGUCUACGUUGGAAUAGCAUUGGCCACUUCCGUAACUCAGCAUUGGGCGAACCACCUGGUAACCCGCAUCAGAGCAGGCCUGGUGGACUUGAUAUACGCCCACACUCUCAAGAUUCAAUGUCUGGCUGUGGAUGAAGCCGACGCGGUCACGCUCAUGAGUACCGAUGUUGAGAGAAUCACGACAGGGCUCCGAACUUUUCAGGAGUUAUGGGCCUGUCCCAUCGAGAUAGCCCUGUCCCUCUGGCUACUGUCAGAUCGACUGCAUGUCGCAGCAGUGGCACCUGCUGCAGUAAUCGUUGCUUUCACAGGGACAGCCAUCGCCGUGGCAUCCAAGGUUGGCAUAGCCCAGAAAGCGUGGAUCGAUAAGAUCCAGCAACGAGUUAGCGCAACUGCCUCUCUCUUGGGCGCAAUGACAUCCGUGAAGAUGACUGGCCUGACGCAGACCCUCACCCGCAAGAUUACGAAACUUCGAGACGAAGAGAUCAAGACUUCAUUCGGCUAUAGGCUAGUAUUGAUCAAGAUCGUCACCCUUACAUUCUCCUCAACAGCUAUGACGCCUGUUGCAUCAUUUGGAAUGUACAUUCUCCUACAGCAAUAUCGGGGCUACGCGGUUCUAGACCCUGCCAUCACCCUCACCACCCUCACUCUCCUGCAGCUUCUCCUCGCACCUGUCGCUAUCCUGAUCGAUGCCCUCUCGGGGGUCAUGAGUGCUGUUGGAUGUUUUGAGCGCAUUCGACAGUAUCUACUAUCAAAACAAAAGGAUGACAAGAGGAUCGUCCAGAAACCACAGUCCGGGCGUUCGUGGGAGCAUGAUUCCAUAGGUAAUCUGAUGCGGUCGUCCUCCUCAAGGCGCGCGUCUGGUAUGGAUCUUUACUCAAUCCCAUUACGGCGAUAUCCUCGUCGUGAAUCACAAGAAGGCGAUCUCGAUGGUCCCCGAAACUCGGUCGUCUUUCAUCGCGCCUCAUUUGGCUGGAAGGAUGAUGAAAAGCCUGUUCUUAAAGACUUAAAUCUCAAGCUGCCUCGCGGCAAGUUGACAAUGGUCAUUGGCCCGGUAGGAUACGUACAGGUCUGCUUCGAUGACGCGGCAUACUGUCAGCAACGGCCGUGGAUUUCGAACACUACAAUUCGCCAGAACAUCCUCGGCGGGUUCGGGUUUGAUCCCUUAUGGUAUUCCACUGUUAUUCAGUCGUGCUGCCUGGCUCGAGACCUGGAACUGCUCCCUGAGGGGGAUAUGACAAAGGUGGGCAGUAAUGGAGCCUCUCUGAGCGGUGGCCAGCAGGUUCGAAUCGCCCUUGCCCGUGCCAUUUACUCAAAGAAGAAAACUAUGCUGCUUGACGACGUCUUGAGCGGCUUGGAUGCUACGACUAUGGACGCUGUUUUCACCUCGCUAUUUUCCCGUGGUGGGCUGCUGAAGAAACAUGGAGUUACUGUCAUCCUUGCCACAAAUGCGAUCAACAGGCUUCCGAACUCGGACCAUAUCAUCGUACUGGGGCAGAACGGCGCCAUCAGUGAACAGGGCUCUUUCAGGGCUUUGUCGUCCCGUCCCGGCUAUGUAUCCAGCUUGAAUCUGGAGAAGAGACUCAACUGGGAUUCCCAAGCGAGUACAAGUGACGAGAAGCCGGAGAAUGCCACUUUGGCAACACGGGAAGCUCUGGCGAGAGCAUUGCCACUUCUACAAGCCCCCAAUGGCUCGUCAAGUGGCGACUUGGCAACGUACAAGUACUAUAUUGAGAGUUUCGGGUGGUUCAGGUGGUGGAUAUUCAUUGGAACUUGCUCGUUCUAUGGUUUCGGCGUCUGUUUCCCACACGCAUGGGCUCAGAUGUGGGCUGAUUACAACAUCUUGCAUCCUGGAGAAAAGGCCGGCUAUUACGUUGGAAUCUACCUUCUGCUUGCCGCUCUCACUGUGAUCUCCCUUGGAGCGGGUGCCGGCUUCCUAGUCAUGAGCAUUGCGCCUCGCGUCGCCAAAACGAUGCACUCGCGUGUCUUGAACGCCGUGAUGAACGCGCCUAUUGCCUUCUUCUCCCAAGCUGAUUCCGGCUCUCUCAUCAACCGCUUCAGUCAAGAUAUGGAGCUCAUUGACAUGGAACUCCCCGUAUCACUGAUUCACACUGUGCUCAUGAUUUUCGUCUUGACUGCACAGACGUUGGUCAUCGUAUCGACGGCCAAGUACGCUGGUGUCGCCCUGCCGGUCUGCGUCUUGGCCGCGUACAUGACGCAGAAAUACUACCUUCGAACUUCGCGGGUCCUCCGUCUCCUCGAUAUCGAGGCCAAGUCUCUUUUGUUUAGUCACUUCCUCGAAACGCUGGCGGGAUUGGUGACGAUCCGUGCAUUUCAGUGGACGGAAGGCUACGCGAAGACCAACGCGGCACUGAUUAACGUCGCGCAGCGACCCGCAUACUUGCUGCUAUGUGUACAACGGUGGCUCGGCCUGGUUCUAGAUCUACUGGUCAGUGGUAUUGCCGUUGUGCUGGCCGCCAUAGCGGUUAAGACUCGAGGACAAGUUGAUGCCGGCGUCAUGGGGCUUGCUUUGUUGAACGUGGUUGGGUUCAGUGCGACUCUGAAGCAACUCAUCACAAACUGGACCCUGCUGGAAACAUCAACGGGAGCUCUAUGCCGCGUCAAAGACUUCACAAGCAGCGUAGACUCGGAGAUGGAUGACGAUAAAGCCCAGGAGUUCUAUCAGCAGGUUGUUGCAUGCCCGUGGAAGGUGCUCGCGAGUGAGCCCCGUACAGGUAUUGGCUUCAAUGAUUUGACAGCCUCUUACUCAAAGUAUUCGGAACCCAUCCUCAAGGGAGUCUCUUUCUGGAUUGAGCCUGGCCAGCGAAUCGGUAUCUGCGGUCGCAGCGGAAGCGGCAAGAGCUCUCUCCUCGCCAGCCUUUUGCGCAUGACCUAUGUACAGAGUGGUUCCAUCGUCAUAGACGGGAUAGACACGUCAAUCCUGGCUCCGGACCAGGUCCGUCUCCGUCUCAAUGCGCUUCCACAGCAACCAUUCCUACUUCCUGGCACAAUUCGGGAUAACGUGGACCCCCUUGAUGAGCAUGAUUUUGAUUCCAUCAUGGAGGCACUGGACCUGGUCGGGCUGAGGGAUUUGCUGUUGAACGAGUUGCCCGGCGGCCUGGAUGCGCAGAUGCCGACGAACCUUCUCUCACACGGCCAGACACAGUUACUGUGCCUUGCACGCGCGCUGGUCCGACGACACUCCUCUGACGUGCUCAUCCUAGACGAGGCGACUGCGUCCGUAGACGCAGAGACAGAGGCGCUGAUGCAGCGCUUGAUCGCAGACAAAUUCCAGGGCAAGACGAUCAUAGCAGUGGCGCAUCGCCUGGACACUGUGAUCGAUUACGACCGCAUCGCUGUUCUGGAUGGCGGAAUGUUGGUAGAGUGGGACCAUCCAUCGAGGUUGCUUCAGCAAGACUCCAUCUUCCGGCGACUCUAUCGGGACUCUCGAGAGGUUGGGAGUGACGGGCCUACCGGACUGGCAUUGUAG